UGACUCUUUUCAGCAAGGAAUUCAGUCAUCAAUGAGCGGACAACUUUGGAACAGUCCUGCCGCAGUCACUCACUACAAGGAUUUCGUCUGAUAACGGGAGCUGGACUAAAACGUUAAAAUGUAUAGCGGAGUGAUUCUACUGAUGCUGGUCGUCGGGAUCUACACUGAUACUAUGGACCAAGGGCCAACAGCUGGCUGUACCUUUGACGAGGACUCCGACCCUGGGCUGUGUGAGUACAAGCAGGGACAGGAGGACGACUUUGACUGGCAGCUGAUGAGGACAUACAACUGGCCACACACCUCCCCAGACCUGCUGCGAGGCUCGUUCAUGAUGGUGAACUCGUCCCAGCAUGCCGCGGGGCAGCGGGCCCACCUCCUCCUCCAUUCGCUGAGUGAGAACGACACGCACUGCAUCCAGUUCAGCUACUUCCUGUACAGCCGCGACGGCCACUCCCCCGGGGAGCUGCAGCUCUACAUCCGGGUCAAUGGGGGGCCGUGGGGCAGUGCCGUCUGGAACGUCUCCGGGUCACAUGGACGCCAGUGGCACCAGGUGGAGCUAGCCGUCAGCACAUUCUGGCCCAGCGAAUACCAGGUGGUGUUUGAAGCAUCGGUCUCAGCAGAACGGCGAGGCUACAUCGCCAUUGACGACAUCCUGCUGCUCAAUUACCCCUGCUACAAGGUUCCCCACUUCUCUCGGCUGGGGGAUGUGGAGGUCAAUGCAGGGCAGAAUGCCACCUUCCAGUGUGUUGCCACGGGCAAAACUACAGAGACAGAACCCUUCCUACUGGAGCGUCGCAACGGUGUGGUUGUGGCGGCGUCCUCUAUCCAGCGUCUGAGCCACAAGCGUCUCAUGGCCACCUUCCAAGUGGAGGCUGAGAGAGGGGAGCAGGACCUGUAUCGCUGCAUCACAGAGUCCGCACGCGGAGCUGCCGUGUCCAACUUCGCCGAACUCAUUGUCAGAGUGCCCCCCACCCCCAUCGCUCCCCCCCAGCUGCUCCGGGCUGGCCCCACCUACCUGAUCAUUCAACUCAACACCAACUCCAUCGUGGGGGAUGGCCCUGUUAUCCGCCGUGAGAUCGAGUACCGGGCCAGCCAAUCGCCAUGGUCGGAGACACACGGUGUGGGCUCGCUCACGUAUAAGGUGUGGCAUCUGGAGCCGGACACAGAGUACCGUAUCAGUGUUUUACUGACCCGGCCAGGGGAGGGAGGCACAGGGGCGCCUGGACCUCCCCUGGUCAGCAGGACCAAGUGUGCAGAGCCCAUGCGUGCGUUGCGAGGCCUCACAGCCAUAGAGAUCCAGCCUCGUCAACUAGUCUUACAGUGGGAGCCUCUGGGCUACAACCUGACGCGCUGCCACACCUACUCCGUCUCUCUCUGCUACCGUUACUCCACACCUGCAGGGGGCAGUGCAGGGAACAAUGCCACAGUGAGGGAGUGUCUCUCUGUAGAGAGGAACCAAUCACACUUCACCCUGAGGGACCUGCCCCCGUUCCGCUCCGUCCACGUCCGGCUGGCGCUGGAAAAUCCAGAAGGCAAGAAAGAAGGCAGAGAGGUCACCUUUCAGACCGAGGAGGACAUUCCUGGUGGCAUCGUCCCAGAGUCGCUGACUUUCACCCCAUUAGACGAAAUGAUCUUUCUGAAGUGGGAGGAGCCUGUGGAGCCCAAUGGGGUCAUCACACAGUAUGAGAUCAGUUACCAGGGCAUCGAGUCAUCCGACCCGGGUAUCAACGUACCGGGCCCUCGCCGUACUGUCUCCAAGCUGAGGAACGAGACAUACCACAUGUUCUCUGGCCUACACCCCGGCACCACCUACCUGGUGUCUGUUAGAGCUCGCACCGCCAAGGGCUUCGGGCAGACCGCCCUCACUGAGAUCACCACCAACAUCUCCGCCCCAGUGUUUGACUAUGAGGAUGUCCCAGCCCCACUCAGUGAGUCAGAGAGUACCAUCACUGUGCUGCUGAGACCUGCACUGGGCAGAGGAGCACCAGUCAGUGCAUACCAGGUGGUGGUAGUAGAAGAGGACGGUUCUAGGCGGAUCAGGAGGAGGAGGAGAAGGAGGGAGCUGGGUAGCGGUUCAGACUGUUUCCCUGUGCCAGCGUCCCAGGUGGAGGCCCAGUCUAAGGGGACGCCUCACUACUACACAGCUGAGCUGCCCCCCUCCAGUCUCCCUGAGGCCACUCCGUUCACCGUAGGGGACAACCACACCUAUAACGGCUACUGGAACACUCCCCUGGACCCCUCCAAGAACUACCUAGUCUUCUUCCAGGCUAUAAGCAACUUCAGAGGGGAGACGAGAAUGAACUGCAUCCGGAUUGCACGUAAAGCUGCCUGUAAGGACCAUAAGAGGGCCAUGGAGGUGUCCCAACAUGCAGAGGACAUGGGUCUGAUCCUGGGGGCCUGUGCUGGUGGACUGGUGGUCCUCAUUCUGCUGCUGGGUGCCAUCGUCAUCAUCAUCAAGAAGGGAAGGGACUUCUAUUCUUACUCUUACUACUCCAGGAAGAAGGUAGCGCUGAACAAGGCAGCCAUGUCGUACCGUCAGGAGAAGACCAGGAAGCUAGGUUCUCUGGACUGCAGCAUGACAGAGCAGAGCACCCUGCAGCAGGAUGGGCGCACUGCUAACUCCUUCAUGGACGCCCACACCUGCAACCCACGGAACGAACAGAGGAGUUCAGUGAACGAGUCCAGCAGCCUGUUGGGUGGUUCCCCUCGACACCACUGUCGUAGGAAGAGCUCUCCGUACCACACGGGUCAGCUUCACCCCGCGGUCAGGGUGGCAGACCUCCUCCAACACAUCAACCAGAUGAAGACUGGGGAGGGAUACGGCUUCAAACAGGAGUAUGAGAGCUUCUUUGAUGGAUGGGAUGUCACCAAGAAGAAGGACAAGACUAAAGGGAGACAUGACAGUUUGCUGGGGCAUGAUCGUCAUCGAGUCAAGCUACACUCUCUCCUAGCAGACCCCAACUCUGACUAUGGCAAUGCCAACUACAUAGACUUGCUCCUUAAACUGAGACUCAGCCAUAUGAUCAGCUGUGGGAACCAAAGAUAUUGCAGAGUGACUUACGAUAUCCGGAUAAACAGGGAAGGGUACCAGCGAUCAAACCACUUCAUAGCCACCCAAGGUCCCAAGCAGGAGAUGAUCUAUGACUUCUGGAGGAUGGUGUGGCAGGAGAAUUGCUUCAGUAUUGUCAUGAUCACUAAACUGGUGGAGGUGGGCAGGAUGAAGUGCUGUAAGUAUUGGCCCGAGGACAGUGAACUCUAUGGAGACAUCAAGAUCACACUGCUGAAGACCGAAACACUGGCCGAGUACACCGUCCGCACCUUUGCUAUGGAGCGGAGGGGCUACCCAGCGAAACACGAGGUAUGUCAGUUCCACUUCACCUCCUGGCCAGAGCAUGGUGUUCCCUACCACGCCACAGGCCUGCUGGCCUUCCUACGCCGGGUCAAGGCCUCCACACCCCCCGAUGCUGGGCCCGUGGUCGUCCACUGCAGUAUGGGAGCAGGCAGAACAGGCUGCUACAUCGUACUGGACGUCAUGCUGGAUAUGGCAGAGUGUGAGGGAGUGGUUGACAUCUACAACUGUGUCAAGACCCUCUGCUCCAGACGCAUCAACAUGAUACAGACAGAGGAGCAGUAUGUGUUCAUCCAUGAUGCCAUUCUGGAGGCCUGUUUGUGUGGAGAGACAGCUAUACCUGUUCUUGAGUUUGCUCUGACCUAUAAGGAGAUGCUGAGGGUUGACUCACAGAGCAACACCUCCCAGCUACGAGAGGAGUUCCAGACGUUGAACUCUGUGACCCCUCACCUGGAUGUGGAGGAGUGCAGCGUAUCCCUGUUGCCGAGGAACCGCGAGAAGAACCGUAGCAUGGACGUCCUGCCCCCCGACCGCGCCCUGGCCUUCCUGGUCACCACUGAGGGCAUUGCCGAGGGCAACAACUACAUCAACGCCGCUCUCACUGACAGCUUCCACCGGCCCGCCGCCUUCGUGGUCACACCUCACCCGUUACCGGGAACCACGGCAGACUUCUGGAGGCUGGUCUAUGACUAUGGAUGUACCUCGGUGGUGAUGCUCAACCAGAUCAACCAGUCCAACUCUGCCUGGCCAUGUCUAAAGUACUGGCCAGAGCCUGGGCUGCAGCAGUUUGGACCAAUGACAGUGGAGCUCCUGUCUAUGACGGCUGAUGAUGACGUCAUCAUUCGUCUGUUCCGGGUUCAGAACAUCAUGCGGCUCCAGGAAGGUCAGCUGGUGGUUCGUCAUUUCCAGUUCCUGCGCUGGUCUCCAUACCGUGACGUCCCAGACUCUAGGAAGGCUUUCCUCAGCCUCCUGGCCCAGGUCCACAACUGGCAGAGGGAGUGUGGAGAGGGACGUACCAUCGUCCACUGUCUUAACGGUGGUGGUAGGAGCGGUACGUUCUGUGCUUGUACCAUGCUGCUAGAGAUGAUCCGUCAUCACAGCCUGGUGGAUGUCUUCUAUGCUGCCAAGACGCUACGCAACUCCAAACCCAACAUGGUGGAGACCAUGGAGCAGUACCGGUUCUGCUAUGACCUGGCCUUGGAGUACCUGGACGCCUUGGACUGCCUGAGUGAGAUAGAAGUGAGAUAGCACUGAUCCCAGAUCAGCUAAGGCUCAGGGUAGAUAGAGUGGAGUACCUGGACGCCUUGGACUGCCUGAGUGAGAUAGAAGUGAGAUAGCACUGAUCCCAGAUCAGCUCAGGCCCAGAAGAAAUGGAGUGGAGUCCUGGACCUAGCCUGGAUCUCAGCCUGGGUCCACAUUACCUGGGCUUCCCAGCCUGGUCCUAGCCUGAGUCCACAGCUUGGGCCUGGAUCUGGGCCUGAGUCCACACUGCUCUGCUUCUCUCUCUACACUUCUACAUCUAGCACAGAUUUAUCAGACCUUCUCAACCCUAGAAGGAGUGUAGGGAUAGAGGCCUGGGACUCAGUCCGCUGCCUGAGUCCGACCUGGUCCACACCACCCCGUCCUGGGUUUUCUCUUGGGUCUACAGCCUGGGUCUAGCCAAGUUCCUGCUCUGCUUCCCUCUCGUCUCUUCCCCCCCAGGUCUGGGUGAUCAGUGUAUCUGCUGCCAUAACGGACCUGGACAAAAAAACUAUGAGAGCGAAAGAGAGGGAGACCGAGAGAGAUGAUGGGACAUGCUUCUACCUUCUACCUGUCGUAUAAUGUACUCUUUUCCUUUCCCCUGCAUUCUUAUCCCAUCUGUAAGUUGCUCUUCUGUUCGGUGCCACAUACUAUCUGCCAAACACAAGGAAGAGGACAAGGAAAUGGGCAGGAUCGUCCUCUUCUCAUUGGACGUAUUUCUGGUCACCUGAGCACUGGUGGUAUACUCAAAGGUCUGCAACUUCCUGCCUUAUUUUAUUAUGUCAAUGACAACAAUAACAACAACAUCGAAAAACACAAAAGCUGAAGUAUAACAACAAGACAAUGAUGUCACAACUGCAGCAGAUAAAAUAUGUCAACUAUUAGGUGAUUUUGUGUGUUUGUUUUGUAAUACGUAUAAUGAUCUUGUAAAUGAUGCAAUGAUCUACUGUUGGUGAACAUCCGAUGUUGUUACUGUACACUGGUGUUUUCUCUGGUGAGGCUGAAGAAGAAGUUUACAAAGAAAAUGACACUGAAAUGAUGUUUGGUGCAUCGAUCCUAUGGUCCUACUGUACAGAAAGGACCUAUCUGGUUUAUUAUUUAUUGUAUGUGUAAAUAGAUUGUUUUCCAGAUGUUUCUAGAUGUUUGUUGUCUUAACUCUGUGCCAAUUCAUUCUAUUUUGUCUAUGAACAACAUGGUCUCAUUCGAAUAAUGUCAAAAUAGUGACGUUUAACCAUUGUAAUGGUAUGCCAUCCAAUUACUUUUAUGUCACUUCUGGUGACAUAUUACUCCAUAUUUGUAAUGAGAUAUGUCUGCUAUACAUUACAUUCUAGGUUUAUGUCACCCAAUUUGACAUAGUACUUAUGUAAUUUCUGGUGACAUAUUACUCCAUAUUUGUAAUGAGAUAUGUCUGCUAUAAAUGAGGACCACUUGAGCACCUGCAUGCCAGUCAGUUGUUAGUGUUUCCAUUGCAGUUUGUGACCCAGUCUGCUUCAGGGGACCGUCCCCACUGCUACCAGAGACUGGGGUUGCAAAAUUACAGUAGCUUUCCAAAAUCCACAGAUUUAUCCUGAAAUGAAAUAAGCAAGAAGGGAAUCUCCCAACUGCGACACUUAUGACUUGGAAUCUUACUACUGGGAUUUCAGGAAACCUGGGACGUUCAGGGAAGUUACCUAAUUUUGCAACCCUAUGCGAGAACCCCAGAGAUAGUAAUGUAACAAAAAAAAUGACAUGAUUUGUCUCUAGCUGUGGGAACAAACGUGAUCAGUUUGCCGAAAUUAGUUGCUUUUUGCAUUUGUAUUUAUUCAUUCAAUGUUUUAUUUUAUAAUUGUGUAUAAAUGAAAAUAAAUAAACUAUUAUGAUGUUGGUAAUA